AUGCAGAACCUCCUCGAUCAGAACUUAGACAUGGCCACAGCUCUACUCGCCGGCGAGAAGCUGAAGGAGCUGAUCCUGCCGGGCUCCUCUCAGGAUGAGAAGGCCGGGGCCUUGGCAUGCCUCAUGGUGCAGCUCAAACUAGAGCUGCCCUUUGACCGGGUUGUUACUAUAGGGACGGUCAUCAUCCCCAUCCUGCUGGUCACCCUCGUCUUCACCAGGAACUUUGCAGAGGAGUCCAUAUACUGUUACACACCGCACAACUUCACCAGGGACCAGGCACUUUAUGCAAGAGGCUACUGCUGGACAGAGCUGAGUGAUGCUUUACCUGGUGUGGAGCAUCACCUCUGGCCUUCACUCUUUGAGCACAAGUUCCUGCCCUACGCCCUGCUGGCCUUUGCUGGGAUCAUGUACAUCCCUGCUUUGAGCUGGGAGUUCAUGGCCUCCACGCGACUCACCUCGGAGCUCAACUUCCUGCUCCAAGAGAUCGACAACUGCUACCAUCGAGCUGCUGAGGGCCGAGCCCCAAAGAUCGAGAAGCAGAUCCAAUCCAAAGGACCUGGCAUAACGGAGCGAGAGAGGAGGGAGAUUAUAGAGAACGCAGAGAAGGAGAAGAGCCCGGAGCAGAACCUGUUUGAGAAAUACUUAGAGAGACGAGGCCAAAGUAACUUUCUGGCUAAGCUUUACCUGGGUCGCCACCUGGCUAUUAUCUGCCUCAGUUCUAUCCCCAUUUCCUACCUGAGCGCCUACUACGCCCGCCAAAGACAGAAUGAGUUCACCUGUGCGCUGGGUGAGCCCCCAGACAUCAGCAGCUAUUUAGAGCUGAGGCUCAGGGUUAACUGUAAGCUUCCUGCUGUGCAGCUGCAGCGCAUUAUGGCCAUUGUGGACAUAUCUCUGCUCUGCACCAUGAACCUCAUCAUCCUGAUUAAUUUGCUGCACUUGUUUGUCGUGCGCAAGUCCAACUUUGUAUUUGACAAACUGCAUAAAGUUGGCAUUAAAACACGGCGACGCUGGCAGAAGUCUCAGUUCUGCGACAUCAACAUCCUGGCCAUGUUUUGCAACGAGAACAGGGACCACAUCAAGUCCCUCAACAGGCUGGACUUCAUCACCAACGAGAGUGACCUCAUGUAUGACAACGUGGUCCGGCAGCUCCUGGCUGCGCUUGCACAGUCCAACCACGACGCUACACCCACAGUGAGGGACUGUGGGAUACAAACCAUUGAUCCCAACAUGGAUCCCUCGGAUCUGGGAGUGGGAGAGAUGGCCUGGGAGCCGCUGAUCAACAAACGGACUCGCAAGAAGAUUAAAUGGAUCCCAUCCUCAAAUCCUCUCCCUCAGCCAUUCAAGGAACCUCUUACCCUCACACGCUUGGAAAAUCACGGCAAGCCUGAAAAACCCAAAGCGCUCAGACGAAAGACGGUGGCCGACCACUUCAUCGCACCACUUCUGGACAGCAAAGGCACACAGCACCCAGCAACAAAAGAUUUAAGCGCGAUGGAGAAAAAGCUGAGUCGCAACUUCUCACUGGACGUCCACCCGUACAUGCUGACCAUUCGUAAGCCCAAGGUGGAGGCCACAAUAGCGGAACCACUUCCCUCAGAGCACAACGUAGACACAGUGUACCUUGAAGGCACACACACUAUCGUUCAUGUGUCUGGCGCGAUUACAGAAACCAAGGUGUGCUCUCCGGAAUUUACCACCCCUUCCUUUUCUACCAUGACCCUGCCCACCACUGCAUAUGUAAAUGGCGUGAGCCCCAACCCGCCGUCCAGCGAGGAUGCGCUCAGUCCCAAGUCCUCCCCGGCACAAAUGGAGCCCCUCACCCAGGCAGUAAACCCAGAGCCUCCGACACCACCCCUGGCCAGAGCGCCCACACACCAGCUGCUCAGCAUACACCACACUCUCUUCGAGGAAGACGAGGACGAAGAACACCGCAGAGACAGACUGGCAGAGAGACCGGGGGAGCUCAUCGCCGCCGGGGAAUGUUAA